AUGGCGCGAUGUGGAACUUGUGCUGCCUUAACCGUGGAGGAACUAAGAAACCAUAUGACCUUUUUUCAUCCUAACUUACGGUCGCUCCGGGACUCUGCAACGGCGGGUUGCGAUCUAUGUCUACUAUGUUGGGCUUCCAUCCAGCGUAAAUGCACAGCUGGUGAAAUCAAUUCCGUACUGGACGGUAGGUUCCCUGUCAACUAUGAGAAUGCAGGGCAGCCACUGGGUGACGAGCGGGUCUGGUUGACGGACCAUCGUGCUCAAACUGGCAGUAGGGUAUUGGUAGAGUGCGGGAAUAAAGAGAAUGCGGAGGAGAGCUUCGGAAAGGAGAUUUUACGUGCUGAGCUCUGCGUAUUUGCGGAUCCAGGCACACCUGCUGCAACUAGCUUCGACGAACGCCUUUAUACAGCAUUCAGAAAUAAAGCUGGGGAAAUUAGCUUUGCCCAUACACUCCUCGAUGGAUGCCGGAAGAGACAUCCAGAAUGCAGAGCGACAGAUGAUAAUGUACCACCGGAGAUGCCUACUCGCGUUCUAGAUAUUGGUGUCGAGCCAGGAUGGACAAGGCUAGUUCAAACACCACACUUAGGACUGCGUGAGCCGUAUCUAGCUCUAUCUUACUGCUGGGGACAAGGCGUUCGACACACGACAGAAUUAAACGAUAAAAACUUUCCAUCUUUCUUAGAACUUAUCGAUGAAAAUAAUUUAACGGCGACACACCAAGAGUGCAUCGCCAUUGCUCGCCAUUUAGGUAUUCGCUAUGUCUGGAUCGAUUCUCUUUGUAUUAUCCAAGGGAACCUUGAGGAUUGGCUUUACGAGUCUGAAAGAAUGGCCGAGGUAUACGGUAAUGCGGUAUUAACUGUCAUUGCCGGACGAUCCGCAGAUAGUCGUACCGGCUUCAGGGUAAACAACAUGGAGCAAGUAGUGCCGCCCUGCCCAAUACCAUUCGGCGAGGAUUUGGGCAACGUCUAUGUAUGGCUACCCCGGGACAAGACAGAAGGGCCUGUUAGUACCCGGGGAUGGUGCUUUCAGGAAAAAAUACUGAGUAGAAGGGUACUCGUGUACGCAAAGGAGCAAGUAUACUUCUCGUGCCAGCGGUCGCAGCUCUGGGAAGAUGGCACUCUAAACAUGCAAAAUUCAACACAGCUACGAAUUGGGACAUUCCCAAACCCUGUGGAAGAUGCUAAUAUAAAGUCUGAUGCAAGUGAGCAGAAACAGCUACGCACCCAGAUGCUAUAUCUGUGGUAUAAAGAAAUACUUCCAGAUUAUACGCUCCGCCACUUGUCCAAUCCAAAUGACAUAUUUGCUGCAUGCAGCAGUAUCGUCCAGCUAACACGGAAAGGUAUUAGAUCUCGCUAUCUAGCCGGUAUAUGGGAGGUAGAUAUUCCUCGCGGUUUACUAUGGUGCACCUCCUAUUUGGUUAAAUGGACCCUUAGAAAGGUUUCCUGGCCUAAACCCGAAAGACCUGUUAACAGAGAGGGUGAGACGGUAGUUCGAGCACCAUCAUGGUCGUGGGCAUCCGUCCAAGGCCAAAUUUUCACUCGCCCAGAAUUUCUGCGACGAGAUGAGUCCUUCCAGAAUCCCACCAAUGUCCUCAUACGGCCUUUAUCUCCAUCAAUCACGUCGCAUUCAUCACCGCAGGAUUCUACUCCAAGAUGGACUCUUCUCGAAAAUCCCAACUGCGACGCCAACAUACUCCACAUGCCUACCUGCGAACUCGCCUUCUUCGGCCAUCCUAAGCCCGUCCAUUGCACAAUCCCUUCGCAGUCUCAACUCUCUACUUUUCCAAGGAUCGGUUGGCCGCAGCGCCGCCUUGAUCUCGCCGAACAGGGGUUCUUGGCACUUUUACAACCCGCAGAUACGGAAUACGCCAUGCUGGACCAGCUCAAGUUGCCUUCUACAGAAGGUUUCGCUAUUGCCUGUUUCGAUAUAGCUGAGGAUCGUGAAGGGGCUCGGGACUGCUGGUUUUUGCCCAUUAUUAAGAGCGAACACAUUGGUCUAUUGCUUCGUAAGGAUGUGUCGGAUGGGAAGUACCGGCGUCUCGGUCUUGUGAUGCUAGUGAAGGAAAAGUUUCUACCAUGGCUGAUUUCUGGACCGGAGGAGGAAGUUCAUCUCGUCUAA